AUGCAGGAUCCCGGCCCGAUGCAACGCCAAAUCCAUCGGCGCUCGCCGGGCGCCGAGAACGGCCAAGGCGGCGUCGGUGGCGGCAUGCCAUCGAACAUUCCCGCGCGCGUCAUGUCGCCCGCCAUGGCCGGUGCUGGCAUGGGUGGCCCUGGUCUGCCACGGCCAUCUCCGUCGAGUCGGUCAGUGGGUAGCGGAACCGCUCCAGGUACCGGUCCUUCCGGCGCACGACGAGCAAAUACUUCGAGUGGCUCUGGCUCUGGCUCCGGCCCCGGCUCUGGCCCCGGCGCCAGUGGCUCCAACGCAAGCGUCCCCCUGUCCCAAAUCGAAAAGAGCGUCACCCACCUCCUCGUCGCCACAAAACAGCUGCUCGAGACUCUGACGCAAUGGUCGCGCGGCCAGGCCACCGACACGCAGGUCUCAGACGUCUACGUCCGCCUCGGCUACGAGUUCAACAUGGCCUGUCGCGCCUUUACCGCUAUCAACGUCGACACGUCCGAUCUCGGCAACGUUCCCGAGCUGCUGCGCAACAUCCUCGAAUCCACUCUCAGCCAAGAGGCCAGCAGCGAGAGCCUCGAAAAGUACCUGCCCCGCAUCCGCGACAUCAUCAUCAACCUUCUGCACGGCCUCAAGCGCAAGCAGCAGAAGCUGCGCCAAAAGCAGGCCCGCGAUCGAGAGAGCAGUACCACCACCAGCUCCACCGAGUCACUGACAGCUCGUGCCAAUAGCUUGAGCACGUCUGGGAGCGCCGGAUCGGGCCUGACGACGCUGUUGAAUGAGAGCAUCGAUGGCGGCUACGGCGACGCCCAGGGAUAUCCGCAGACGCAGCAGCAGCAACAACAACCACCACCACAGCUGCCGCCCAGCCGUGAUGACGCCAAGUCCUCAUCUCCGAGCCGCCGCUUUAUCCCACCACGCGACCAGUCGCGCGGUUCCGUCAACUCCGAGCAGUCCAGCCUUUCCAGCGCCACCAUGCAGUCUAUGCCCGUUCUCCCGGCAUAUCCCGAUGGAAGUUCCAACUCGCUCGGCACCAGCGCGUCUAUGGGCGAGCUCAACAUCGACGCCUUCCCUCCGCCGCCCCCGCCCAAGUCGCAGCAGAGCGCGCUCAUGGCCCUCCAGCGUAAUGGCGACCACCUCGAGCGCCGCGCGUCUCGACGCUACUCGACCUACCACCUUCAAAAACAUCUCGGUGGCAGCAUAUCAAGCAGCGUGCCGCUCAUGCCGCCGCCGCAGACCACGCCCAUCCCGAACCGCGGCCGGGGCGAGGUCCGCGAAUCGAUGCGUGCCGUCCAGGGCCGCAACGGCCGCAGCAACGAGUCGAUGGGCAGAAUCGGCGGCGGUGGAUACGACUCGUCGCCCAUGCGCAGCGCCCUGAGCAGCGACACGCGCGCGGACGGUAAAGACGCCGUGACCGCCAUCACCACCGCCAUCACCACCGACAUGACGCGCCGCGACGACAGCCCCAUGGCCAAGACGCCGGACGACAAGUACCCGCUGCCCAGCGCCACGCUCACUGGCCCUCCCGUCGACCUCAUGCCUGCCCUGCCCGUCACGUCCUCAGGUGACGAACAAUCGCCAGCCCGGCGGCGUGCCGACAGCAGCGAGCCUCGGACCGAAGCCGAGCUGCGGGAACGUGCCCGGUCGAUCAAUGCCGCGCAAGCCGCCCUGGUUGGCCAGGCACCGCCAACAUCGGGUGUCGACGCUUCACCGCCGCCCAUGCCCACAGCUGCGGCGCAGCCCGAACCCGAACCCGCCAGCAAGGAGCUGACCCUCUUCUUGCAGUACAAGUCCAAGGUCAAAAAGUUCGUGCUGCCCGAGGGCUACAGUGAACUCUCCAUUGGCCGGCUGCAGCUCGCCUUUAUCGAAAAGUUCUCCUGGAACACGCAGCAGAACGGCGCCGACCUCCCCGAGAUUUACAUCCAGGACCCCAUCUCGGGCGUGCGCCACGAGCUGGACGACCUGGCCGACAUCAAGGACCGCACGGUGCUGGCACUCAACGUCGAGCCCUUGGACGAGAUCAAGCGCCACAUUGACGAGGGCCUCGGCUCGCUCAAGUCCAUGGUGCAGCAGGUCAAGCAGAACGUGGACGAGCAGGGCGCCGCGCUGCAGCGCGUGUCGGACCGCCAGCAAGAGGCGUCCAAGGAGAUGGCCCGCAUGGCGGCCGCACCGGUGCAGCCUAUGACGCCGCCGGCCGACUCGCCGCGCUCCACGAGCCUGGGCAGCGCGCCGUCGGCGUCCGCCAUAACCCGCGGCGGAGCCGGCAGCCUCGGCAAGCGCUUCUCGAACCAGCAGAUGACCGAAGUGCAGAGCCUGCGGCGCGACCUGGCCGUGCUGCGCCAGACGUACUCCAACUUCCAGUCGGACGUCGAGAGCUCGAUGACGGCGCUGCGCAACAAGGCGGCCAAUGUCAAGACGGCCAUUGCUGACACGGCCAUUCCCGACUUUGAGGGCGGCCAGGGCCAGGCCGUCGUGGCGGCCGGCCGCAAGAAGCUGAGCGCCGAGUCCGACCGGCUGGUCACCAAGGUCGACGACCUGCAGGACCUGGUCGAGGACCUGCGCAAGGACGUGGUGCACCGCGGGGUGCGGCCGCUGCCGCGCCAGCUCGAGCUCGUGACCAAGGACAUUACGCAGCUGGCCAAGGACCUGACCAAGAUGGAGGAGGGCAUGAAGCGCGACAAGCCCAUCUGGACCAAGAUCUGGGAGAAGGAGCUCGAGGAAGUCUGCAAGGGCCGCGACGAGCUGCAGCUGGCCGAGGACCUGCUGGUCGAUCUGCAGGACGACCUGGAAAAGGCAUCCGAGACGUUUGCGCUCGUCGAGCAGGCAACCAAGGAGCAGAUGAAGGACGCCGGCGUCAACGGCGGGCCCGGAGCCGGUGCGCCCGGCGGCGUCAACGGCUCGCCCAACGGCGGCCUCAUCGGCGGCAUGUCGCUCAUCUCGCGGCAGCUGUCGCGCGGCCUGCGCACUAUUGGCGAGGGCAUCGGCAUGGUCGACCCCAAUGCCGCCAAGGAGGGCGUGCUGGGCGAGGUGCGCGCGCUGCAGCCGAACCACGAGAACCGCCUCGAGGCCAUUGAGCGCGCCGAGAAGCUGCGCCAAAAGGAGCUCGAGAGCCGGCGCGGCAACCCCUUGCUGCGCGAGCUGACGGGCUUUGUCGAGGAGGGCAAGCUCAAGAAGUCGGGCGGCUUCGAGGAGGUGGAGCGGGCGCGCAAGGCCAAGGACGACCGGAUCCGCCGCGAGGUGUGGGAGCGCAUGAACGGUCCCAUUGGUGGCGAAGAGGAAGAAGAGGAAGGGGAGGAAGAAUACCAAGACGAGGAUGAGGAGGGGGAAGAAGAAGAAGAGUUUGAAGAGGCCAAGGAAGAGGCAGACGGAGACGAGGGCGAGCCAGAAGGCAAGGCGGCCAAUGGCGACGGGCCCGAGCAGGAAGGAACAGCGGCCGCUGCUGUGUAA